AUGACUCCAUCCUCGACCCCACUUGGCACACUCAAUGCCGCCCGCGGCCGCCCGCCUCCACCGCCCAUGGCGUCCAGAGGCAGCACGGCCCAGAUGAACCCCGAGAUCAUGGCACGAGUCAAGGCUUUGACCAGCUCAAGACAAGGGCAGCCCGCGCAGCCGGGCGGGAGUAGAAUCGCACAAUCACCGGGGCCGCAAGUAGGCGGAGCGGGCAACGCUGGCUUUCCUGCAGGCUUCAGAAUGCCCGCUCAACUAUCAAGACCAAACUCUGCCUCUCCAGUCCUGGGUGCAGGCGCUCAUCAGCCUCCGCCUGCUCGUGGCCCAUCACUGGCGGAAAAACGAGGCAUGAAAUUGCCCGGCGGUCUGCCAGGCACUCCUCAAGCCACCCCUUCUCCUCCGCCCGCUGCUGCAGGCGGGAGACGACGACCACCCAACAUGACCCUUUCUGACAUGGGAGCGGGACAAGCGAACGGUGCGCAGGCGUCGCAAUCGCAGCCGCAGCCACAAAAAGAGCAGAGUCAGAUGGACAAAUAUGCCGAAUACAUUGACACCAAAACUGGCGCUCUCAAAUUCAAGGGCAAGGCGGUUGUGCAUGGCACGGGAAUUGACUUCUCCUCCGGACGCAGCUUCAGCAUUAGCCUUGAUGAGGUGGACACGCUCGACGAGCUGGGCAAGGGAAACUAUGGCACGGUCUACAAGGUACGACAUGCUCGGCCGAAGUUUCGGCGGACUGGACAAGGGCCUUCGAGGAGCAAAGCGCGCGGACCGCAGCAGACUUCUGAUGCAGACUUAUCUCUCUCUCCUCCCGCGAACAAUGUCGACAAUACGCGAGAUGGCACUACCGGCAUCGUCAUGGCCAUGAAGGAAAUCCGGCUGGAGUUGGAAGAUUCCAAAUUCGCCAGCAUCAUCAUGGAACUCGACAUUCUCCAUCGCUGUCUCUCCCCCAACAUUGUCGAUUUUUACGGCGCCUUUUUCCAAGAAGGUGCCGUGUAUAUUUGCAUGGAGUUCAUGGACGGUGGUAGCAUCGAUCGCAUCUACGGCGAUGGCAUUCCCGAGGGCGUGCUCCGAAAGAUCACCUUGAGCACCACGCUGGGCCUGAAGAAUCUCAAGGAGGAGCACAACAUCAUCCAUCGUGAUGUCAAGCCCACCAACAUUCUCGUCAACACCAAAGGUCAAAUCAAGAUCUGCGACUUUGGCGUGAGUGGUAACCUGGUGGCGAGUAUCGCGAAGACCAACAUUGGCUGUCAGUCCUACAUGGCGCCUGAGCGCAUCUCAAGCGGCGGCAUGGCGCAAGCCGGAGCCGCGGGCGGCACAUACAGCGUGCAGAGCGAUAUCUGGAGUCUGGGAUUGACAAUCAUCGAGUGUGCCAUGGGUCGAUACCCUUACCCGCCGGAGACUUAUGACAACAUCUUCAGCCAGCUGAGUGCCAUUGUCGACGGCGAACCCCCCGAUCUUCCCGCCGACAAAUUCAGCCUGACAGCGCGCGACUUUGUUGCCGGCUGUCUCAACAAAAUCCCCAAGAUGCGCCCCACGUAUCCCAUGCUCUUGCAACACGCCUGGCUGGCACCCAUUGCCAAACCGCAGACCAUUAUGGAAGAGGACGAGGAGGCUGCCGAGGCCGCGGCGGAGAACAACGCUGAGAUUCCUGUCCCCAAUCUUGGCGAGCAGGACGGCUUCAUGGACCGAGAGGUGGGCGAAUGGGUGAUUGAGGCGUUGGAUCGCAGGAAGAGGGGUGUGAUGGGCAAGGCGGCGAAGCCUGCACUGCAUGCUGCGCCCUUGGAUGCGGUGGGGAGUCCGAAGGUGGAGAAGCCGAACCAAGGAGCAGUGGCUGUGGACGCAUAA